CUCCUGCCCUGGAGCAGUUCCUCCCAGGCCGGGAGCUGGCUGCGCCUCCUCCUGCCGCCGAGGUCUGCAGCCCGCUGGGCUCGGAGCAAGCGGAAACGGGGGUCCAGAGUCUAGCAAGAAGUUGUGCAGGGAUCCGCUCGGCUGUCUACGGGCGUGCACCCAACUGCGCUACCGCGGGCCGCACCUCUGAUUCGGGGCCCCAGCGCUUAGACCCCAGGAAAGGGGAGGGAGUUGGGGCUGCCACGCUGGCAGAAGCGAAGUGGACUGCUUUGGAGGGGUGAGGCUGGGGCUGUCCAGGGUAGGAAGACAGCUUUGGUGGAGGGGGGUCUCGCCAUUGCGCGACCGCAGCGCACGGCCCUCCAGGCUCGAGUUGGGGCGCCAGGACUGAGAGCGGGGGGCGCUGGCAAGGGCUGCGCGCUGGGGUCAGAUCAGGAAGUGCGGUGCUCGCCUGCCUGCGAGCACCCUCUGGACCACCGGCACUUCCCCUUCGGCAGCCACCACUCUCCCACUGCGACACCCGCCACCACCCGCGCUCCCGGGACUCAGGAGCUGGGUGGGCGCAAAAGGAAGCGGGUUGUUAUUCUGCGCCCCAGCGGCUCUUCUGCCGGUAGCACGGAGCGCGCAGGGCAAGGGCUACUCAGCGACUUCGCACUCUGCUCAGUAGGAAACUCUUCGGUCUACCCUUAGAAGGGCUGUGCCGAAACCAGAAAUCCCACAAAGAGCCUGGAGAGGGGUGGAAGCAGAGAGCCAUCCCCUCUGAACCUGGGGCGCUCGACAAAGCUAACUUUCAGACCCCAGAAGGGCUAGUGGGUUUCGUCACUCCUCCAGUCACUUCGUCUCUCCAGUGCAAAGGCCAUAACCUUGGAGGAAGGGGCGCUGCAGCCAUUUGAUCAGGAGGAGCCUUUGUCUUAACCCCCAGGCCCCUCCUGCUAGUCUUCGCCGGGUCAGUAGCUCCGGGAGUAAUUAAUAUUCCGAACAUUGGCCGACCCUUCACCUCGGCACCAGCCAACACUGCUGUCCCCUCCCUGAGUGUCCUAUCACUUGCUCACAUCUCCUUUUCCAAAAAUAAAAAAAGGGAAAAUAGUGUAAACCCGCUAGGCAGGAGGAGGUCUCUAAAAACACUACCGUCCUGUCAAUGUAAAAUCAAGGGUUAAGAGCUCAAACCCGCGCCCGCGCGCACCGAAACGGAAGAACUUUCUUGAUUAGCAUAGUAUCGGCCCUGGGGCCGCGCGGCGAGGCGGAGGUUCGGUCCCAGCUGGGGUGAAGCGUGCAGACCGGUCGCGACUGUGGUCAGACGCAGCACCUACUCAUAAUCUGACGACCCGCGAUUUACACCUUUGCUGAAUAGGACACUGGAAUGAAACAGAACAGAGAUCAAAAGGGUCCUGUUUCCCAGAGGAACAGUUCAUUUCAACAGCCAGGGAGAAAGCCUGGAUGCUUAAGCUGGGGAAUGGCAGUCAAUGUGUAUUCUACCUCGAUAACCCAAGAGACUAUGAGCAGACAUGACAUCAUUGCAUGGGUUAAUGACAUAGUAUCUUUAAACUACACAAAAGUGGAACAGCUUUGUUCAGGAGCGGCCUAUUGCCAGUUCAUGGACAUGCUCUUCCCAGGCUGCAUUAGUUUGAAGAAAGUAAAAUUUCAAGCAAAGCUGGAACAUGAGUAUAUUCACAAUUUUAAACUUCUGCAAGCAUCAUUUAAACGAAUGAACGUUGAUAAGGUAAUUCCAGUGGAGAAGCUAGUGAAAGGACGUUUCCAGGACAACCUGGAUUUUAUUCAGUGGUUUAAGAAAUUCUAUGAUGCUAACUACGAUGGGAAGGAAUAUGAUCCCGUAGAGGCACGACAAGGGCAAGAUGCAAUUCCUCCCCCUGACCCUGGUGAACAGAUCUUCAACCUGCCAAAAAAGUCUCACCAUGCAAACUCUCCCACAGCAGGUGCAGCUAAAUCAAGUCCAGCAGCUAAACCAGGAUCCACACCUUCUCGACCCUCAUCAGCCAAAAGGGCUUCUUCCAGCGGCUCAGCAUCCAAAUCCGAUAAAGAUUUAGAAACGCAGGUCAUACAACUUAAUGAACAGGUACAUUCACUAAAACUUGCCCUUGAAGGGGUGGAAAAGGAAAGGGAUUUCUACUUUGGGAAGUUGAGAGAGAUUGAGCUACUCUGCCAAGAACAUGGGCAGGAAAAUGAUGACCUCGUGCAGCGACUAAUGGACAUCCUGUAUGCUUCAGACGAACACGAGGGCCACACAGAAGAGCCGGAAGCAGAGGAGCAAGCCCAUGAACAGCAGCCCCCGCAGCAGGAAGAGUACUGACCCGCCUCAGCUGCUCUUGACACUUCCAUUGUGCGUGGGAACGUUUCUUCUAGAGAAUUGGAACAUGUGUGGCCCCAAGCUCAACAGAAACCAGUUGUUCCCAAUCUGCUGUUACCAUCAGCACCAUUGCAUAUGCCAGCCAUGGCACUUGGUUCCCAUUUUCUUUGCCAAGGUGUAUUAGCAGACGGCCCUCUGGCCGCCUACCCGAGAGAUUGUAGGGUCACAUACAUCCAACUUCACAAUUUGGCUGCUUGAGAUUGGUUCUGCUCUUUUCUUCAUUUCUUUCCAGAACAACUCUUUCCCACCCCAACACCACUGCCACCACCCCUCUUUUUAUCCUGGUGUGAAACAAUGGUAAUUUGAUAUAUGGUAUUUAUAUUGGCAUUUUUCAACCCAGUGUCACUAGAUGUCACACACAUUUGUGGUGCUUUGAUGUUUGCAAGUCUAACCUCUGAACGUAAAUUUGGUCAAAUAAUUGGAACAAAGGGAAACAGAUACUUGAUAUGAAAGCCAUAAUGACGGUGACUUGUGUCAUGGGAGAAAACAUAAGGUCAGUUUCUCCCUCUACUCACAAUACUAAAGGGAAAAAAUGGAUUCAAAGCUAGGAUUUCAGGGCUCAGCAGUGUUCUUCCAUUAGCAUGUUAGGCAACUACACAGUAUGUUGUUAGUUUUGAAAGACAUUCACUCAAGGAACACACCAUCUCAACUUUGCCCUCUCACCAUGUCCCUUACUCCCCGUGCCCCCCAUUUCCCAGGUUACGCCAUGUUCUUUCUCAGGGUCCUCUUUGGUGGGCAGCCACUCUCCCCAGGAUGUUGUCAUCAGUUUUCUGCAGUCCAAAGAGGGUCUGAGUAGGUACCUGUCUUCCUGCCUCAUCCGUCCUCUCUUUGUAUAGGUUUUAUCCACAAAACCCUCAUUCACACUAGGGGACCCCUACUAAAGGGUAACUUCAGUGUGCAGCCCUGAGCUCCAGGGCUCUGCACCAUCCCGCACACUUGCUGGAAGGCUGGAAGUGAAGACCUUAUUAAUAGGAGCAUAAUUGCAAGGGAGAAUCAUGGUUCUGCAGUCUGGUGUAGACACUGGAAUAACAGCACAGGAAAAUCUGUGCCUCCCAGUAUCUUCUAGAAUAAGGAAUUUUCCCUCUUUAACACAAGGGCCCUCUUUGUCAUUGACCUUAGCUAAACCAUGGCAAUUCAUAAAUAGAGGAAACAUUAAUUAAUUAAAAGCAUUCCUUAUUUUUUUAACUAAUAUUUGCACAUUUUCUUAGUCUCUUUCCAAGUCCUUGCCUCUUUUUUUCCUUUGACAGAUGAUAUCCCUUCCUGGAUCAUUCAUUUCACCUUGGUUUCUAACUUUAGAUUUACUUUCACUUGUUAUUUGACUUAGCAGGUGCAACAAAAACAAGAAAUAAAUGUGCCCACCCCACUUUCCGCUUAACUGAAAAGCUUAAAAUAAAUUUUUGAAUUAUAUAUCAUAAAGCUUUGAAAUUUCUUUAUUGAUGAAAUAUGAAUUCUAAAUUCUGGCAUUGAAGCUUUUCACCAAAAGAAGCCUCUCCAAAAUAAAUCUUUUGCAGCAGUGAUAUUUAUUGAGUUACAUGGAAAAGAUGGCUUGUAUUUUUGAGAUUAUUACAACACACUGUGCAGAAUUGGACAGAUGUUUCGUGGUGUUUGGUUUCCCUUUCUUCUCUCUCCUGCUCACUCUGCAUUAUAGCGGCAGCUUAUUUCUCUAAGGCUGGACAGCCUGGCUCUCAGCAGUGACGUCCUCCCACACCUGGUCACAAGUAGUAGUGGCCGUGCUAUACACAGCAUUAUGCUUAACAGCGUGUUGCUCUUCUGAGCCUGUUGUACUCACUGAUAUCUUUUUUUUUUUUUUAAGAAAAAAAAUAGCUCUUGUAAAAGGUCACAAUAACUCCUUGCAGCUGAUACUGCAGUGGUUCCUAGGCUGUUCUUCAUCUGCUCUGGACAUCUCAGUCAUAACCAAUGCUCAGUGGAUCAUGACCAAACUCCUGUCAUGUGGAUGCACAUGAAUGGGUAGCAGGGAGUUAGGAUCCUCUUCUCCAGCAACCCAUUACUGCUGUAUAACUUGCAUAAGCCUCCCUGGUGACUCUUGCUGGAAGCACUCCAUUGCCUUCCAGCUCCCCAGCCUUCUCAGUAAUAAACAUGCUGGCCAGAUCUCUUAGCCUGCAAAGAGAACUUUUCCCAGUCACCGUAGUCCAUUCUCCUUCCUGAAGGCUUGGGGCAGACUGUUCGUUUAUUUAGAGAAGAGCUAUACAUUCUUUCUGGCCCCAUCUUAAACAUCUUCUGUUGUGCUGCACCCCAGAUAAUGUCUCAGAUGCUUUGGGGAAUCUUUUAACAGUUGAAUUUGAGUCAGUCCUCUUAGGCUGUACUUCCAGCCUGUGUGCAAAUCCCCACUCAUUUCCCAUGGAUGGUGGAACCCCAUCAUUCUUUCAUCUCGGCAUUCAUGGCAUGCUUUCCUUGGCAGCCCCUGGUCACAUGUCAUCGGGCUGGGCAGGAAGCAUCCGUGGGUGUGUGCUCUGCUUCUCCCUCUCAGGAAGCCCAGUUUCAUCCUUAGUCGCCCCUCAUGCCCGCUGUCGGCUGGUUAUAGCACUUCCACUGCUACUGUCAGAUAGGAAGUGAUUGAAGCAGGGGGCAAAGAGAAAGCCUAUGUUUGUUCUAAGCAGAAAAGCAGGAAAAAAAAAAAAAAGACCUGUUGACCUGAGAGAAGUAAAUUCCAGAAGGGAACCAAGAACUCUUCCCUUCCCUGGUGAGUAUUUCCAUUAUUCCGUUAAGGUUUAAUAUGCAUUCAGAUUACUUUUACUAAAUAGUACACCAUAAAGCUUUUGUUAUAUAUUAAAUGUAAACUGAAAGGAAUGUAAACAUAUGUAUUGUUAAUUAUAAAUAUAGAUAAGUAAUGACAUAAUAGAUGAAAAAGUCUUAUUCAGAUGUAUCACAUUCAUUUUACAUUACCCACCUAUUGUCGCAUGGUAGAAUAGUUUUUUGUCUCUGAAUAUGUGAAUAACUUGACUUGCGUUGAUCUUUUUACAUAUUUAAUAAAAAAAGUAUAUGUUAAAA